GAAUCGAGCGGUUUGUCUGGCAUCUUUGCAAGACUGGGAAGGCACUCGGAAUGAUGCCGCGAAGGCGCUUGCGCGAGUGACAGAUCUGUCUGCAGCCGCCAUGAAGAAGGCUCUUUUUCAGAAGGCCCGGGCAGAGCUCCGGCUUCAGCUGCAGACCGAAUGCCAGGCGCAGCACAGCGAAAUUUGGCGUGCUCGCAUUGCAUUGCGACGGCAGGCGACCCUCAGCCUCGCGGAGCAGCUGGGGGUUCGCACCGAGGCCUGGGAUGCAGGGCCAAAGCGGGUGGGGCCUGGGGCUAGGGCCAGGGCAUGCGGGCAGAUGCGCAGAUGCGGGCAGAGAUGUGAAGGUCGAGCGCCUCCUCAGUGCGUUGGAAUCUCGGUCCUCUUCCUUUUGCUCUCGGUGGUCAAAGCUCUGCCGAGGCAAACUGAGCCGGCAGCUGCGCCUGCGGCCUCUCGGGAAGCACAGCAGGCCAUGCAUGGCCAUGCCAAAGCGCUUCAUGGGACAGAAGGGAAGAAGUUCCGCCUGGGCCAGGCUGCAGCCCCUCAUGCACCAGCGGAGGCCCUACGAGCAAAGGAGGCUGGGACGGCACAGUACAAGGAGGGAAACUACCGUGGUGCGCUGAUGGAGUACCGCAGGGCGCUGGACUUGGUUGACCAAGAUGCUGCACUACGCGCGCAGUUGUUGGGCAACGUUGCGGCAGCGUGCCUCAUGCUGAAGCGAACCAGCGAGACUGUGGACGCUUGCAAAGAAUGUCUGGCCCUCGACCCCUCCAAUGCGAAGGUGCGCGCCCGUCUUGCCUCGGCGCAGGUCGCGACCGGUGACUUCGAGGCGGCUCGAGCCACGUUGGGCAAUGCCGGGGACGACCCGGUGUUGGCCAAUGCGUUGAAGCAGAUAGGCAGUACCCAGUCGACUCUUGCGGAGGCGGACCAGGCUCUCUCAAGUGGCGAGCCCGCGAAGGCUCUGAACAUUUACGCCAACCUGGAGUCCUCGGUUCUUUUUGAUUUUCCACCGUUGACCAUGAAGAUGGCGCAGUGCUACCUA